GUUAACCUCUGCUCCCCGGUGAACAAUGAGAGCUAUCAGGAGCGGCUGGUUCGCUUAGAGGGGGACAAAGAGUCUCUGGUGCUCCAGGUGAGCGUGCUCACAGACCAAGUGGAGGCCCAGGGAGAAAAGAUCCGAGACCUGGAGAGCUCUCUGGAGGAGCACUACCACAAGCUCAACUCCACUGAGGAAAUGCUAAAGCAGGAGCUGCUGAGCCGGACCUCAUUGGAGACCCAGAAACUGGAUCUGAUGGAUGAGGUUUCCUACCUGAAACUGAAGCUGGUCGACAUGGACGAGGAACAGAACCACAACGACAGCAGCGAGGACCAGCAGAACAAAGCUGAG